GUGGUUCACAGCCCGGGAGCCGAGCCGUUAGGCCGCCGGCGCGGCGUCGGUUCUGCGGCGUUUCUCGCUUUUCUGAGGGCUCGCUCCGGCUUGAGGGACCCGCGCUGAGCUCGAGGCGCCGCACACGCACCUCGACGCGGCUCUCGGCUCGGGGCCGCUCCGCGCGGUAAACCUUCAGUCGAGGAGAUGCCUGCCGGCUGAGGUGUUUACUAAAGUAAGCAAUGACCUGCAGCUGUCUGGAGCCUGAGUGGCAGAUUCAUCCAGCUUAUUGGGCACAAGGGUGGGUUACACCCCAAAGGCUGCUUUUGCGGGACGCCUGGACAACAUGUGGAUCUCCUCCACAUCUGAGAGCCGAAGGGAGCUCAGUAAAUGAUCCAGCGGGUCAAGGCGGAGCCUGCAGCACGUCCUGCCCCUCUGCCUCAGCAGUGCUCGCCGAGUCCUGUCACUUCCCCUCCAGGUCCCUGCUGGGCCUGCACGUCUGCUUCUCUCUGGAUCCACUGAGGCCACCACCACUUCUGGCUUUGUCUGUGACAGCAGCCACCUCACUGCCUGGCUUUUGGAUCACCAGACUGGAGUUUGAGUCUGCAUUCUGCUGCAGGGGAGCAUUUCAGCCUGUUUGUCCCUUGCCCCGCUGGCGGACACUGCGCUGUUUCCGGCUCGUGUGCUUUCACUGCCUUCGGUUGGGCAGGUACAGGCAAGAGACGUUCCUUGCCUUGGAGCAGGCCGGCUGCCUAGCAAACAAGAAGGGUUCCUGCCCCCUCCAACUCUGGACGACAUGGGAAAGCAGGAAGUCGUAGUGGAUCACUGCACACUAUCAUUUUUUCGACUGGGAUGGAGACCAAAGUACAGAAAGAAGGGAAAUACUACGAGACCCAGGAAAGGCAAAUCUGGAGAUGAGGACGAUGACCUGGCACCUCAAGGUCACCUUCAGAGCUCCAGGGCUCAGAGAUCAACUAUCUCCGAGUGAGGAAGACUGGCCGUGUCCUCGGAUAACCAAUUCCUCCACGUACAGCCUCCCUCAUGGGGCACUUCCUUGCCUUCUGCCCACACUGUGCAGGUCUUCUCCAUCUUCCUAACGCCAGCAGUUCCCCAUCUAUGGCCCCAACAGCUUUGUUAGACUCUGCCAGUAUUUCUAACUUACCAAGGGCUAAAGCAUUAGCCCUCAGGAACAGGAGCUCUGUGUGGACACACACUCAGGUUUUCACAAAGUGGUCUAAGCCCAGACUCAGCUCCCUGAUGGACUGAAGGCUGCUGAAGUGGCACCUUCCCCCGCACACACCUGCCACAUGGCGCACACAGAUCUCAGAGUGGAACCAGCUGGAGUGUUUUUAAGUGUGUGUGUACUUUAAGCAGUGAGUACAUCCAGAGAGUGACCUUGGGAGGCUCUCAGGUCGCUCAUCGCAGGCCACUUGUCAAGAGCACGCAACUCACCUCAGAUGUAAGGCUGGUGACCCCAGAGUUGGGCACUAAU